CUUCAGGUGUACGUGGAGCUGCGGUUCACCCUGAGAGACUGUAACUCCAUCCCUUGGGUGUCCGGUACCUGCAAGGAGACCUUUAACCUCUUCUCCCUCCAGACAGACGAACCGCAUCCCGCCGCCACGCACUUCAGACCUGCCGACUACGCCAAGGUGGACACCAUUGCUGCCGAUGAGAGCUUCACACAGACGGACCUGGGCGACCGCGUUCUCCGCCUCAACACGGAGGUAAGAGAGGUCGGCCCCGUGACCCGGAAGGGCUUCUACCUGGCGUUCCAGGAUGUGGGGGCGUGCAUCGCUCUGGUAUCCGUCAAGGUGUUCUAUAAGGUAUUGUGA